AUGAAGACUCAGUUGAGGACAGCAGUGACGAUGAAGACUCAGCUGAGGACAGCAGUAACGAUGAAGACUCAGCUGAAGAUAGCAGUGACGAUGAAGACUCAGUUGAGGACAGCAGUGACGAUGAAGACUCAGUUGAAGAUAGCAGUGACGAUGAAGAAUAGCAGUGACGAUGAAGACUCAGUUGAGGUCAGCGGUGACGAUGAAGACCCAGUUGAAGAUAGCAGUGACGAUGAAGACUCAGUUGAAGACAGCAGUGUGAGUUCAGAUGAAGAAGCAGUGACGAUGAACAGUGACGAUGAAGACUCAGUUGAAGAUAGCAGUGACGAUGAAGACUCAGUUGAGGACAGCAGUGACGAUGAAGACUCAGUUGAAGACAGCAGUGACGAUGAAGACUCAGUUGAAGAUAGCAGUGACGAUGAAGACUCAGUUGAAGACAGCAGUGACGAUGAAGACUCAGUUGAGACAGCAGUGACGAUGAAGACUCAGUUGAAGACAGCAGUGACGAUGAAGACUCAGUUGAAGACUGUGGUAGCAACACAGUGA